CUUGAGCGUAGGAGCGGGCGGAAGGCCGUGCGCCAGAUGUUCGAGAGCAUCGCGAGCGCUGAUGGGAGCCAAGCGCGGGUGGUCAGCAGCGAGGGGGGCUUUGGAGACGGGCGCCAACGACUACUGUGUCUCUUCCCGGUCAACGCUCGGGACGAGGUUAUCGCAUCCCUCGCCGUACGGGCGCGCCUGGCGAAAACGUUCGAUGGUACGAGCACGCCCGCAAACGCCACGUCCGGUGGAAAUACGUCCCUGCAGAUAGUGAGGCGUCUUCUUCAAGAAGCGAAAGAGGCAGACGCGAGGAUGUGGAUCGUGCGUGCGGCGGCGGAAAUUGUUCGGGCCGAUGUCGAUCAGCAUCCAGAUCUCAAGAAUGCCCGCAUCCGACGGCAAAAGCACAAGUUCUGCGUGGAGUUGGCCGCACCCGUGAAACCAGUGCGAGAUGCCCUAGCUGAGAUGCCCCCGACAUUGGUUGGACUCUUUCAAGAAGACGUGGAUUCUGUUGGGCCGACUUCCGAGGCAGCUUCCACUUUCAUCGAAAAAAACAACCAGGAUAGGCGAGGCUUCGCACGGCGUUUGUACAUGCUUUGCAAGUGCACGGUGAAGGAUAGGCGAGGCUUCGCACGGCGUUUGUACAUGAUUUGCAAGUGCACGGUGAAUGCGAUUUUUUCUGGUCGACACUUGACAGCGGCCAUGGUCGACUACGUGGACCUCAUCCGAGUGGCCAUCGUCAAGCUUGGCAAGAACAGGACGACAGACACGUGCCCGACUUAUAGGUCGACGCGCGAGCAAUGCCUGAGGAUGAAGUCUGUCGACGGGUACUGGCAAGAUGGAUUCAAAGACCACAUGCCAGAACGAGACUUCAACGGAAAGGGUUGGGGUAUCAACCCCAAGGCGAAGGGCAGCAACGCGUCAGCACUCACAGGAGAGAAUUGCGUUAUGUGGAUGUCGGAGCAUUCUUACAUCGGUCCCGAUGGGAAGCUGGUCACGAUGACGUGCGGUUGCAACCCGGUGAAGGCCUUAAAGCAUAACUGUAGGGGGUGCGGGUGCAAAGGGCGCAAGUGCUCCCUCGCNCGCAAAGGGCGCGAGUGCUCCCUCGCUUGCGGCUGCAGGGGCCGUUGCCAUUUGGCUCGCAAGCCUGUACCCGGUGCACCGACCGGCCAGGCCACGUACUCCGGUCCUGCCGGUGCUGCACACUCCGCAGUCGUUGCCAGCGCCAUGACGGCUCUUCUGGCGUCCCGGAACGCUAGAACGGACGAGGAAGAGGAAGACCCGGACGAUCCCGGUUCGGACGAUCACGACACCGGCCGUUCGGACAGUGACUCGGACGAUUUUCUGGAGCUGGAAGCGGAAGAGUCGGCUGACAGCGACUUAGACUCUGAUGAGUCCGACCCUGGGUGGGGCGGUGUCGGUGGGGUCAAUGCUCAGGACGAUGCAAAAUCUGAGGGCGAAGCAUGGUUCUGA